GUUCUUCGUGGCCAGGAAUAAACUAUUUCAGUCAACAGACAUCGCCCUUUCAUUUCAAAAAUCUCAUACAUUGCAACAAUGGCGAAAACAAAGCCCCCGCAGUCGAAGGCCAACCGGGAUUCCAAAAAUAUUUUGAACCGCACAAUAGCCACUCCCAGCAAGGCUUCUUCACCGCCCGCAUCUUCGUCGUCUCUCCUCGACCAGGCCACUUCUAAGCUUCUGGAAGGCGAUAUCGAGAGCGCUGUUCCAUUAGCACAACGCGCCUUGGGCCUUGUUGAUGUCGACUCCGUCGAGGCGCUUCCGGCGUUGAAUUUACUGGGUGAAAUCCACAUUGAGCUCGGCGAUAUCGAGGCCGCGAGGGCCUAUUUCACACAAGCUGUCGAAAUCGACGAGGAGGGAGAGCUUGCUGAGGAGGUUGGAGGUGGGGCUGAGAAGUUCCUCUGGCUGGCGCAGCUGAGUGAAGAGGGAGGCCGGGACAGUGUCGAGUGGUUCGAGCAGGGCGCCAAGGUGUUGCGGGCUCAGAUACAGAAGCUUGUCGAGACAGCGGAUGCAAACAAAGCGGCAGAGGUGGAGGCUCUGGUUGCAGAGAAGAGGAGAAAGCUAGCAACUGCGCUAUGCGGAGUUGUGGAGGUGUACAUGACGGAUUUGAGCUGGGAGGAAGAUGCGGAACAGAGGUGUGAGGCACUUGUCACUGAAGCCACGCUUGUCGGACCAGGCUUCGCAGAGCCAUGGCAGACGUUGGCUAGUGUUCGCAUUUCACAGCAGAGACUCGAAGACGCCCAAGCUGCUUUAAAGCGCAGCAUUGAAGUCUGGAAGGACGAGGAUCCAGAGAGUGAACUGGUGCCAGACUUCCCAACGAGGGUGAGCUUGGCGAGAUUGUUGAUGGAAAGUGGGAUGGAAGAGGAAGCAAUUGAGGUAUUGGAGAGACUGGUGGGAGAGGAUGAUAGCAGUGUUGAGGUAUGGUACCUUGGUGGCUGGGGACUUUAUAUCUUGGGCGAGAAGGAGAAGGAGAAGGAUGUUAGUGGAGAGGGACACAAGGUUUACUGGAUCUCCAGUCGACAAUGGCUGAAUCACAGCUUAAAGCUGUUCCAACAACAAGAUUACGAGGAUGUGCGCCUCGGAGAACACGCAAAGGAACUUAUUUCCAAUUUGGAGAAAGACCUCGGGGUACUGGCGGAAGGUGAAGAGGAGGAGGAUGACGAGUCCGAUAGUGGCGAUGAAGAUGAAGAAGAUGAGGAGAUGGGUGGCAUUUGAUCAGUUUAUCAGGAUUGAUACUGGCCAACAUGUAUAGAAUUGAACCCGGGGAGCCUGCUAGGCUGAAUAUCAGUGUAUGGGGCUCUCUAGAAAGCUAUAAAAGUUUAGAUCUAGCCGUGAUUCGUUAGGAUUAUGAAAUCACUGUUUCGGGUUUAAUGCCAAGUGCAUCGCCAAAAGAAUCAAGAAAACUAUGUAGUCAAUAAACUACAAAAUCCCACACCCGGAGAUAGAUCCGGAGAUUCAUUGCG